UUUCACCUAGAAAUUCCAAAUACUUCUUUAGUUACACAUAUGAUCUUAUAAAAGUUUGAAACUAGCAAAAAAAAUGCAAAAUCUCAAAAUUACAAUAGAUCUUCCUCAUAUCAAGCCAAUCAAAAAGAUAUCAGAUGAAAAGUUAUAUCACGAAGAAGAGUUUCAGGAUCAAAGUUUUGUCUCGAAUCUACAAAAUAAUGAUCAAUUUUUGUCUCGAAAAUCGCUCUCUUCAAUGAACAACAAGUUGUCCAAUGUUGAAGUGUAUUAUGGAGAUGCACCAUUGGCUGUUCCAUUUAAGUGGGAAUCUCAACCAGGAACACCAAAAGUCAAGAUUCUUGAAACUCCACUUCCUCCUCUUACUCCUCCACCAUCAUUUCUUGAGAAAAAGAUGAAAAAUGCUAUAAAGAAGCAAACAAAGGGCAAAUUGUUACAAAGGUUUUUCUUCCUUCCCAAAUUGAACUUUAGGAAAAGUCAACUACAACCAUCUCCAACUAGUUCUUCAUCAUCGUCAUCAUUAUCAUCAUCGUCAUUUUCUUCACCGCCUAGGUGUUGGUCAUAUUCUGUUCCUGCAUCUCCGUGCAAAGUUAAAUCUAAUUUCUAAAGUUGGUGAGUUCAGAAGUAUACAUUUCAAGUUAUAUGUAUACAUUAUUUUGAUUCGAAUUAAUGGAUUCAGUUGAACCUAGUAAAUUAACUUCGUUCCAUUUUUGUCUACACAACUCUAAGUCUCAAGUAUGUACAAGUUAAAUGCCCAAGAUUAGAUGUGAGAACCUAGGGUUUUUUUUUAAUAUCCUUUUAGGGAUUGUACGAUUAAUAUGUAACUUGAUUUCACAAAAUUGUAUGAUUAUGAAAGGAUAUUAAGAAGUUGAUUGUGCAA